GACAAGGGGCGCCCGGCCGAACCCUUCUUGGUGGCCGCCUUCCCCAAGAUCCUGGAGGCGUCGAAUGACAAGUCCAAGAACGUCAAGGAUGCCGCUGUCGCCACCAGCAAGGCCAUCAUGGAGAUGGUCUCUCCUUUUGCUGUGGAGCUCCUGCUGCCCUCCUUCCUUAGUGGGCUGGCUGUCAAGGCUUCACGGGGAAACAAGUAUGAGUCAGUACUUGUAUGCUACCUGCUAGUGAACCUGGUGGCCCCCGUGGCUGAUCUGACCUGCGACAUCAAGAAGGAGGUGAAGACCGCAGCGCUGGAGUGCAUGACCGCGAUCUGCGGAUGCACCGGCAACAAGGACUUGGAGCCUUUCCUGCCAGCUGUGGUCGAUGCUGCCUCCUCCAUCGACAAGACCCAUGCCUGCGUGGAGAAACUUGCCGGAUGCAUUUUCGUGCAGAACGUGGAAGCCCCGGCUUUGGCGGUCACCAUGCCCGUGCUGACGCGCGGCCUGAAUGACAAGAACGAGGAGGUGAAGCGCACGUGCUGCCUGAUCGUGGACAACAUGUGCAAGCUCGUCGAGGACCCUGCAGAGGUGCUGCCGCUGAUGCCGAAGCUCGAGCCUCUGGUCAAGAGCGCUACGGAGAAGAUCUCCGAUCCUGAAGCACGAGGUAUGGCUGAGAAGGCCUACAAGACCCUUCAGAAGGCUGCCGGAGAAGGUGCCGAGUCUCUUCAGCAGAUGAAGCUCGAGGAUGCCAAGAAGCAGGUGUCGGAGGCCCUCGGUGGCAGCGCAGGCUCCGGAGACGUCUUCGACGCCGAGCUGACGCAUGUUUCCGCCCUGGCCGCAUGCGCCGCCAACAUGCGCGUCUUCGACGAGGCCCUCUGGAAGACCGACGUCGGCUACCUGGCGCCUUUCGACUCCAUCACCGAGGCGCUGCGUGCCAAGAUGGAGAUCGCAGCCAAGCCGAAGGAAGAGGUCGAGGAGGAGGACACCGAGGGCGUGGACCUGUACAAGGGUGCUUUCUCCCUGGCCUACGGCACGCUGACCUUGCUGCGCGAUGCGAAGAUGCAUCUCAAGCGCAACCGAUUCUACGGCCUGCUUGGACCCAACCAGUGCGGCAAGACGACGCUCAUGCGCGCCAUUGCCAACGAGCAGCUGGAGGGCUUCCCCAAGCGUGAUGAGCUGAAGAGUGUCUUCGUUGAGCACGAGAUCGAGGACGAAGAGGUGGGAGUCCAGGAUGAUGGUUUUCCCAUCCUCUCUGUGGACAAGCCCGGAUGGUGGUGGGUCGUCCACACCUGCAACGACAUCUACAAGCUGGACCCUCCCGUCAAGGAAGACACGGUGAAGGAGCUGAUGAAGUCCAUCGGCUUCGGCUACCCGGGUGGCCCCGACCGUGCCGCCAAUCUGGAGCUGCCAGUGACUUCAUACUCCGGCGGCUGGAAGAUGAAGAUGCAGCUCUGCGCUGCGCAGCUGAUGAACGCUGACGUGCUCAUGUUGGAUGAGCCGACUGGACAUCUGGACGUCGACAACAUCAAGUGGCUGGAAGACUGGCUGGAGUCCUUCGAUGGCAGCAUCAUUUGCACUUCCCAUUUCAGCCCAUUCCUGGACAAGAUGUGCACUCACAUCAUCGACUUCCAGGACCGGAAGUUGAAGACCUUCAAGGGUGUGAAGGGCCAGACCCUCACCCAGUUCGUCGAGAAGUACCCGGAGAAGAAGUCGUACUUCGAGAUCAGGAACGACAACAUGCGGUUCGUGUUCCCGGAGCCGGGCGCGCUGGAGGGUGUGAAGAGCCGCAGCAAGGUCAUCCUGCGCAUGAACAACGUGAGCUUCACGUACCCUACCAAGGACAAGCCCACCAUCAUGGACGUUAGCUU